GUGAGUGAGAGGUGAAGGGGGGCUUUCAGUGUGAGAGCCUAUUGCUGGCAUUGCUUUAGUUCAUUGGCGGCAUAUUAUUCUCUUUUUAUAACUUUUUAUUAAUUUUCCUUGGGAAGCCUCUUUUCUUCUUCACUUUAUAUCUGUACUUCGCUACUUUCUUCUCAGUUUCCCUUCUUCUUUCCUCUUCUUGUUUUUCUGAUUCUUCCUGCUUCUUCUUCAUAUUUUUUUUCUUUUUCCAAAGCUUCGAAAUGGCAGAAAUAAUCCAUCCUCCUAUGGACCAGCUUCAAGACCUUGAGUACUGCAUAGACUCUAACCCUCCUUGGGCUGAAACUAUCCUACUAGCAUUUCAGAACUACAUCCUGAUGUUGGGUACCAGUGUAAUGAUCCCGUCAGUGCUCGUCCCAGCAAUGGGUGGAAGUGAUGGGGACAAAGCACGGGUAAUACAGACUUUGCUCUUUGUAGCAGGCAUUAACACACUUCUCCAAGCACUUUUCGGAACAAGGUUGCCAGCAAUCGUUGGAGGUUCUUUUGCUUACAUCAUCCCAAUAGCUUAUAUAAUAAAUGAUUCCUCACUGCAACGGAUUAGUAAUCGACAUGAGAGAUUUAUACAAACGAUGCGAGCUAUUCAAGGAGCUCUUAUUGUAGCCUCAAGCAUACAAAUUAUCCUGGGAUACAGUCAAGUUUGGGGUCUCUUUUCACGGUUUUUCAGCCCUCUUGGUAUGGCACCGGUGGUUGCAUUAGUAGGCCUGGGAUUGUUUCAGAGAGGAUUUCCUUUGCUGGGAAAUUGUGUAGAAAUCGGACUGCCAAUGCUUUUGUUAGUUAUUGGAUUGUCACAAUAUCUAAAGCAUGUGCGGCCCAUAAGAGAUGUCCCUAUUUUUGAAAGGUUUCCUGUAUUGAUAUGUGUUGCAAUCAUUUGGAUCUAUUCCCUUAUACUGACUGCCAGUGGGGCUUACCGUGACAAACCUAAUGCUACUCAACUUAGUUGCCGUACUGACCGAGCAAAUCUCAUAUCUACUGCUCCAUGGUUCAUGUUCCCAUACCCUCUUCAGUGGGGACCCCCUACAUUUUCAGCUGGCCAUUCAUUUGCUAUGAUGUCUGCUGUUCUGGUGUCUAUGGUUGAGUCGACUGGAGCUUACAAGGCAGCAUCUCGAUUGGCUAUUGCAACCCCACCUCCAGCUUAUGUAUUAAGCCGCGGCAUUGGCUGGCAGGGUAUUGGCAUCUUGCUUGAUGGUCUUUUUGGAACAGGCACUGGUUCUACUGUUUCUGUGGAAAAUGUUGGACUCCUUGGACUAAGCCGAGUUGGGAGUCGCAGAGUUGUUCAGUUAUCUGCUGCCUUCAUGAUAAUUUUCUCCAUCUUAGGAAAAUUUGGAGCUGUGUUUGCAUCCAUACCUUUCCCAAUCUUUGCGGCACUAUACUGUGUACUCUUUGGUCUUGUAGCUUCAGUUGGAUUAUCAUUUCUCCAAUUCACAAACAUGAACUGUAUGAGAAACCUCAUUAUCACAGGGCUAUCACUUUUCCUUGGAAUUUCCAUCCCUCAAUUCUUUAACGAAUAUUGGAAUCUCAAGCACCGAGGUCUCGUUCACACAAAUGCCGGAUGGUUCAACGCAUUUUUGAAUACCAUAUUCUUGUCUCCGGCAACGGUUGGUCUGAUUGUGGCGGUGUUUUUGGAUAAUACGUUGGAAGUGGAAAAAUCAAAGAAAGAUCGUGGAAUGCCGUGGUGGGUUAAGUUCAGAACAUUCAGAGGAGACAAUAGAAAUGAAGAGUUUUACACAUUACCAUUCAAUCUCAACAGGUUCUUUCCACCAACCUAGUGGAGUUGAACAUCAAGCCAAAAAAGAUCAGAAGCUAAUUUCCAUUUAACAAUUUGAUCCAAUCCGAUUUGAUUAACUUGAAGGAUUCUUUAGUUUUUGUUUUUCUUAUUGGUUGAAAAGAAGGAUCAUGUUCAUCAUAUGAGAAAAGCAUAUUGGUAGUAACCUAAUUUUCCUUUUAUUUUGACUGUGGUUCCAAUAUAUAUUUUUUUGUGGGCCGAUGUAAGAGGGGUCCUGGGUAAGGUUGUAGAGCAUUUAGUUGUCUUGUUGGUUAAGUUUGUAGAUGGUUGGCAAUAAUAAUAAAGAAAAUCAGUUAAUUCAAAUCCAA